UAAUUAUUUUUAACGACAAAAUGUACCGAUUUUACUUUGAAUUUGCAUUGAUUUGUCAAAUUUGAUUGAUACCUGUCAAUAACUCGAGUAAUUCUAUACUUUAUAACUGGCAACAUUGAGCGGACGUGACCGGUUGAUAUUUUAAAAAUGGCGGAACGAUUGGUUGGCGUCAGCGAGAUAUCACGCGAUGUCGCCCACCAAUCACGAAGCCGGGUUUUCCCGCCAUAUUGUAAGCGGUUGAAGGGGAGCGAUGGGCUCAACGAUUCAUUCGGUCGUGAUCGCUCGAUGACUUAACCAGUCGACGAAUUUAAACUAGAGAAAAAGAAAUUAUAUAAUUAUUUUAGAAAUUAUUCACUAAGUAUAACCCAGUGUGAUAUAUCUAAAUUCAAGUAUAACAGUGUAAUCAUAGUCCAAAUUCAAGUAUAACAGUGUAAUCAUAAUCGAGUGGUUUUAAUAAACAUUCAUUGUUAAGCUGUUCGGAGUUUCCUUUGGAAUCUGGUGCCUUCUUCGUGUGCUAUUUCAUAUUUCAGAAGUGACAAGAACAAUUGCAACAGUAUGUCCGAGCCUCCCGACCCUCGACGAAAGCUUCUAACUCCAAGGCGAAGACAUGCACACACGGACACAAGCCGGAGCCGUAGUCGCCUGCGAAGCCGAAGCCGUAGCCGUUCCCGGUCGGGUCGGGACGUUGAGCUGGGACGCGAGCGACUACGGAUGCUGGAAGCAGAAGUACGACGCGAACGCAACCGCGUGCGCGCUGCUGAAGACCUACGUGAACCGCCGCGGCGCGCCAGCCCACGUCGAGCAGCCAGUCCUCAUCGAAACCCCUCCACCUCCGCGUCAGCAAGGGGCCGGGACGAGGAGCAUCGAGCUGAGCGUGGAUCACGGCAGCCUAACACCGAAGAACGGAUUAUCAGGUCACGUAGCCCUUCUUUUUCUAAGAGUGAUUUAA